AUGUUUGUUGAAGGUCAACAAAUGUGUUGCUGGGAUUUGCACACGAACAUGCAACCGCACACUCUCAGCUUCUCGUUGCUAGGCUGGGCACACCACAGUGUACGGCAUGUUUUCCGGUCUGCAAGAUACAUCUCGGCACUCGCUCGCCCUCUUUUUUCCCUUCUUUGGGCUCCAGCUGGGCAGUGUGGACUCAGGCAGGGGCCGGGAUUCCGGGCUGCAGGCAUGUUGGAGGUGCAUUUGACCGACGCGGAGGCACACUGUUGCGAAGUUAGUCUUGGACAACGGCGAACCCACACCGUCGCCCUGAUGCCCAAACACCCAUUGCUCACUCGUCAUUACUAUGACCGCAGCAGUUCAGCAUCUGCACAUGGGUCUGGCGCCGGUCGCAGCGAGGUGGACGGCGGGUGUGCAAACGACAGCAAGACCACAAUGGGGUCCCACUACCGGGUGCACCCAUGCCUUCAGGGCUGA